AUGAAGAAAAGCAACCCGUUGAGGGGUGGAAUGAUACUCGGAUGUUUUCGUAAAUGCCCAGUUGGAAAGUGUUCUUCGAGGGCGAGCGGAAGUGAGGAUUCACAACAUUCACAAGACUCACAAGCUGGGUUGCGCAUUGAUAGUGCAUUGUUGGGACCGAGGUCUCAGUGUUGCAUCCAGAUUCUGUCCCAACAAAAUGCAAUCGAGGCUCCACCACAAAAUCAAUCGCAGCGAGUGACAGUGAUUAGAAUUAUUUCAUCGACAAGUCUCCAAGCUCUGGUCGCUGUCUUAAAUAUUGGCAAUCCUGUCUCCAAUUGCUUUUUAGGAGAAGGUUGCACUGAGGAAGUUGCUUUGGGCCCCUGGGCUUUUUUUCAUCUACUUGUAUCUGGUUUCCUUCCGCGCAGGACAAUCCCUGGAACGUUUUUAUUUCCUUCGCUUCUCCUCCGGGAGGGUGUGUUUUUUUUUCUUUCUUAUCUCAGCCAAAUCCUCUCAAUUUGUGCCAUGUACGAUCUCGCUCUGGAUACAGGGUCGGGCCCGGCCGUUGUACGACUCGGCCUACCCCCCGCAUCCUUGUUGAAAUUUCCUCCGGACGAGCUCCCGUUGACAGUUCCUGCGCCCCAGCUCGACGAGCCGACAUGGUACCAGCCGUUCAACAUCCCCGCCAAUCUCUAUAACAAGGUUCUCGAUGUGCGCGUUCCGAUCACCAUUGCCAGCGUCUACGCUGUCACCGUCGUCGUUCUCAACCGCGUGAACAAGAGUCGCGGUUACAAGCCCUACGCGUUCGCCCACAGCAGAGCAUUCAAGCUCUUCGUCAUCCUACACAAUGUUUUCUUGGCCAUCUACUCCAUGUGGACUUUUGCGGGUAUGGUCCGCGCAUUUCGCAACACCUGGCCGGCUUGGGAAGAUAAUGGCCUCGUGGGCGUCGUGGAUGCGCUGUGCAAGUGCAACGGUCCACGAGGGUACGGGAAUGCAGCUAUCUAUGAUUCGACAGUGAACCAAUGGUCCAUUCAGAACCCAGAAUAUCGACUGGCUGAGGGUGGCGUCCCAGAUCCUUCGGAUGUGGGUCGUCUGUGGAACGAAGGUCUGGCCUUCCUCGGCUGGAUUUUCUACCUGUCCAAGUUCUACGAAGUGCUCGACACCGCAAUCAUCCUGGCCAAGGGCAAGAAGAGCUCGACUCUGCAGACUUACCACCACGCGGGUGCUAUGAUGUGCAUGUGGGCUGGUAUUCGCUAUGUCGCGCCUCCGAUCUGGAUCUUUACUCUGGUGAACUCAGGUAUUCAUGCGCUCAUGUACACAUACUAUACAUUGACCGCUCUCCAUGUGCGCGUUCCUACUAUCGUCAAACGGUCACUGACUAGCAUGCAAAUCACCCAAUUCAUCAUCGGAUCGUCAAUGGCAGCCUCUUACUUGUUCGUCAACUAUACUCUUCCUCCUGUCCGCUCCAUCCCUACGACCCCUGCUGCUGCGGCUACAGCAACUGCCACCGCGGCAACGGGACUCUCCUGGCUUAAGCAAGUCGCGUUCCGCGCAGCAGGUGCGGAAGGCAUCGCUGAGAACGUUGGCCAUGUCGGAGAGACCCUCCUUGGUGCUCCCCGAGAGGUCGUACGGCCGGGUCCUAUGGUUACUUGCAUCGACACUUCCGGCCAGGGAUUUGCCAUCUGGCUCAAUGUUGCAUAUCUUUUGCCUUUGACUUAUCUCUUCGCACGCUUCUUCGUUCGCUCUUACUUGUACCGCAAGGAGCCAGCCCAGGCCACGCACAUCCAUGCAGCUGAGAAAGCAGGUCUUGAUGCGCUCAAGGGAGUCAGCCGUGAGAUUCAAAAGGCCGCCGAAAUGAGCGGAGAAACCAGCGAGACAACCGAGGAUGAGGCUGCGGGAAAGGAGGCCAAGCGAAACCGUGAGUCCAUGCAGACAACCGCCGAAAACUCGCCCAUUCGAACCCGUUCAAGCGCCGCCAAAAAGUCGCGCGCUGUUGAAGGCGAGUCCGACAAGGGCUUCGCCACGGUUCCCGCUGGAAAGGGCGCCAAAAUGACCACGAAGGAGGAAACGCCAUCGCUCAGCAAUACAGCCGAGGUCAAGACCUCCAAUCCCUACAGCGUUCUCGGCAGUACUGACUAA